AUGAACGACCCCGUGGCAGCGGCGAGUGCGACGCUGGCCGGCCAAUGGCGUGCAGAUGCGGCUUCGACACCGAUCGACCGACGCCACCGGCUUCUCGAUGCGGUCGCGGACAAAUGGUCGCACGGCCGCCGGGCGCCGACAGAGAACGCACUCGCAUACGACCCGCAAUACUGCAACGCGUUCAUUCAAGACGCGAUCGCCGUCGUGUAUCACUCGGCGCGGUGGACACACGGCGCCAAGACAACGACCAAGACGACGACGACUCUGUCGCCACCGAAAACCACCGUGAGCAACAACCGUCCGACGUCCGCGACCAGCGUUCGACGAAGGACGCUGGUGGACAACCCGAUCAAGAACCCGAUCGAUGUUGCCACGAUGGUGUACCGCGCACCCAUGUUCCAGGCGCCCCAUUUACAGGCGCUCGAAGCCGAGACAUAUUCGCUGCUUGACGCGACCGACGUUCGGUACAAGCAUCGACUCCCGCGCGGACCAGGGCUCAGCGCCGCCCGCCUCCACAGCGCGACCUCUCGCCGCCAACGCCCCCAGAGCGCAGGUAUCACUCGGCCACGACCCAAAGACGCACCAAAGCGAGCGAGUUGUCGACGUCUCGAGCAGGCGUGUCGCGUCAUCUACACAUUUGUGUGCAAACACUAUUUGCUGCGAAAGCUGCAACGCAUUUCGAAACUCGAAGACCGUCGACACGCCGCUGCCCGGCGACUCCAAGUCUGGUAUCGACGACGACGCCAGCACAGCAAUCGCAACAAGUCACCGACCCGAACCAGAUUACGCGCCAAAAAACCCAAGCUACGCCGGCGUCACCCCCCGCCACCCGAGCCCGUCCGGCAACGACAAAAGACUGGUCAGCGCGCGCCCCGCGACAUUGAAGCCGAAGCCAUCAACACGUACCUCCUCGCACGCCUUCUCGCGCGCCCCGGCGACCCAAGACAAAAGAAGAAGCCACCGCGAAAGCCUCGACCCCUGUGUCGCUUUCGACACCCGAGCCGGUACCUUGCGGCUUUGAUCAUGUCGUCGGUCGACAUUGUGACGGUGCUCAUGCGGUGCGCACCCCGGGUCGCGAUCCCCGCCUACGUUCUCUCUGCUCGUACCGCACUCGCAGUACCCUCAGCUGUCGAUGACACCACGGCGUCAACACCCAUCCUGAACCCGUCGUCGCCCGAUGACCAGCCAGUGUCCGUGGCGCCAGCCCACCGCGUGUUUGCGACGGCCGACCGACUGCAGCUAAUGCUCUUCCGCGAAAAGUCCCAAGCGACGCUGCAGCAGUGUCUCGACAUUCUCGCCGACGAUGCAUCCGAAAGCACUGCCUCGGACGUGCGCGAUGCGGCCGAGAGUCCACCGAACGACGACGACGACGACAGCACACCGCGCCUCCCGGUGCUCUUACGACGCAACUCGUCGCUUCCGUGUCUCGCGAUGCAGUGCAACAUUGCUGACGCGGCCGCAUCGACGAUCCAACGGGCCUAUGGACAAUAUUGUCGCCGACAGACGCAGACGUUGGCGGCGGAACGCAUUCAACGCCAAUAUCGAGUCCACGUUGUCCGCGCUGAUAUUCGACUGGGUCUCAAAACACUCCGGGCGCAGCACCGACGCACGACUCGGAAGCGCGCGGCUUCGCUUCGACCACAAAAGACACGCGGGUGGUCGACACUCUACCUCGUGCUCCGCCUCCAGCAGAUUCUGCACCGACGCGUCGCCAAGUGGCGCCAGUCGCAGCGUGCGCCGUCGACGAAAGUUGAAGGUGCGAGUAUGACUGCCGUCAUGUCCAUCCAGCGGUGGUAUCGGCACUGGAAAGUGGCGCCGACGACUAUUGCGGUGGACGAUCCGCCGCCACCCGUGAGUGGAGUCGACGACCGUGACGACGAUUUGGUUGAUGACUAUGCGAUCGCGAUAACCCCGCUGGCCGCGUCACCGGUGCGGCUACCCAACGACGACGCUGCGAAUUGGGCGACGGCGAUCGACGCCGACGGCAAUGCCUACUACUUUAACACAAUGACGCGCGAAACGACGUGGGACCCACCGCGUGGGUGGCAGCCGCCGACGUGGGAUACGUGCGUCGACACCAACGGCACUGUCUACUAUUAUAACCGGACGACCAACGAGUCAGUGUGGGAGCUUCCGUCGACGCACUCUGUGCAAGGCUGCAUACCUACCAACACGAACGCCGUCGACACGUGACGGGGUCAACACUCUGCACGUCCUCCAACUAGACUUACUCUUCAAUGCCAAUUCGACUAGUUUUGUGGCGGGAA